AUAACUACGUCAACUUUACAUCCCUUCCAAAAAAAAAACCAUUAAAAAAAAUAAAUAAAGAGAAAAUUAAAUAUUCUAAAUAAAAAUGAAGUAGUAGUAAUUGACGGCGUCUACUCUUCCUAAUUCCUCACUCCCAUUUGCUGCUCCCAAUUCCCAACUUUUUAGACUUUUCUUGCUUUUUCUCUUCUGGAUUUUGAUUUUUUACCUAAAUUUUAGUCUUCUUUAAUGAAAACAUGAAGUAAACGCCUUCAUUUUUAAUUGAUUUUCCUUUAAAAGUAUGAAUUUCUCAGAGUUUUUUAGAGGACAAUAAGGGCAAUUUUAACUUUUUCUUCAUCCUCGAUUUCUGCGUUCAUUGAGGUAAAUCAUCGAAUAGUUGGCAGUCAAUUUUGGGUUUUAUGUCAUUUUGAAUUUUAUAGAACUUGAAGAACAAGGGUAUUGAAGAAUUGGGUUUGAAAAUGGGGGAUUUGGUGAAACAGAUCUUGACAAGACCAAUUCAAUUAGCUGAUCAGAUUAUCAAAGCUGCUGACGAAGCUUCUUCGUUCAAGCAAGAGUGUUUAGAGCUUAAAGCAAAGACUUCUAAGCUUUCGGACCUGCUCCGUCAAGCUGCUCGAUCAAGUUCGGACCUAUAUGAACGACCCACCCGUCGGAUCAUUGAUGACACAGAACACGUUCUUCAAAAAGCUUUGUCUGUAGCCCAAAAAUGCCGGGCUAACGGACUUCUUAAAAAGGCAUUUACCAUCAUUCAAGCUGCUACUUUUAGGAAGAUGUUCGCCCAAUUGGAGAAUUCCAUUGGAGAUGUUUCUUGGCUUCUUCGGGUCUCGGGAGGUACCGGGGAUGAUGAUGGGAUCGGGGGAUACCUUGGGCUUCCUCCGAUCGCAGCCAAUGAGCCUAUUCUUUGUCUGAUUUGGGAACAAAUCUCAUUUCUUAUAUUUAGGUCAGUGGAUAAACGGGCCGAAGCCGCUGCUUCAUUGGUGUCGCUGGUCCGAGACAGUGACCGUAACGGGAAGCUCAUCAUCGAAGAAGGCGGCGUAGGCCCGUUACUUAAGCUAUUGCAAGAAGGUAAAACGGUUGAAGGUCAAGAGAAUGCAGCCCAUGCAAUCGGGUUGUUGGGCCAUGACCCGGAGAGUGUGGAACAAAUGAUUCAUGCUGGGGUUUGUUCUGUAUUUGCUAAGAUCCUUAAAGACGGGCCAAUGAAGGUCCAAGCCAUGGUGGCUUGGGCUGUCUCAGAAUUGGCCCGUCAUUACCCGAAAUGUCAAGGUAUAUUCUUUCAGCAUAAUGCUGUACGUUUGUUAGUUGGGCAUUUAGCUUUUGAGACAAUUCAAGAGCAUAGUAAGUAUGUGAUUGUUUCAACAAAAUCUACUUCGGGUGCUUCGAGCAUCCACAAUGCUGCGGUUGUUGCGAUGGCUGCUGCCAACGCAAACCCGAGCAGUGCCAAUGACGAGAAGUCUCGAAUUUCUCAUCCAUUGGGGAAAAGGAGUGAAAGUCCAAGUAGAUGGAAUAAUGUGCUUAAUAGUGCUCAAGCACAAGCUAAGGCUAUGGUGAAUCCUAAUGUUGGUGGAGCUUUACCUAAUGGCAAUGGAAAUGGUAGUAAUCAUGCUCAUAAUCAUAGUCAUAAUCAUAGUAUAAGUACGAUUGCAGGGAGCAAAAUGAGGGAAAGAGAAAUGGAGGAUCCGGGUACGAAGGCGAGCAUGAAAGCAAUGGCAGCUAGGGCUAUAUGGUAUCUUGCUAAAGGGAAUUCGGGAAUUUGUAAGAGUAUAUGUGAAUCGCGUGCAUUGUUGUGUUUUUCGGUUCUUUUAGAGAAAGGAACACCGGAAAUUCGAUACAAUUCAGCAAUGGCAGUGAUGGAAAUCACUGCCGUUGCUGAAAGGGAUGCUGAUCUUAGACGAUCAGCAUUCAAGCCGAGUUCACCUGCUUGCAAAUCGGUGGUUGAUCAGCUGUUAAGGGUUAUAGAGCAAGGUGAUUCAGAGCUUUUGAUUCCUUGUAUUAGGGCAAUUGGGAAUCUGGCCCGAAUAUUUCGAGCUACUGAGACUCGAAUGAUCGGGCCAUUGGUUCAACUUCUGGAUGAGCGAGAGCCAGAAGUUGAACGUGAAGCGGUAUUGGCCUUAACCAAGUUCGCGGGUAAAAACUACCUGCAAGUAGAUCACUCGAAGGCGAUACUAGCUGCUGGCGGAGUAAAACAUUUGAUACAACUGGUGUAUUUCGGAGAACAGCAAAUUGUGCAGAUCCCGGCAUUGGAGCUCCUAUCGUACAUCGCAUUGCACGUUCCUGAUAGUGAGGAAUUGGCUCGAAACGACGUGCUUAAGGUUGUGGAAUGGGCAUCAAAACAAGCUCAUAUGGUGCAAGAUGAAACAAGAGAAAAAUUGGUGUUAGAAGCUAAGGAGAAGUUGGAACCUUACCAUGAUAAAAGAACAAGGUGAAGAUUGAAGUUAACAGAGUAAAUUGAUUAUUGUAUCUAUCUAAAUCUUGGAAUUUCAAUUUUGUGUCAUUAAAUUGAUUAUUAAUUUUCACUUCUAAGAAAAUUUAAUUUUGAUGUCAUUUAUUGGUUUAUUAUUGUAUGUAGAAUUAGUUGAUCACAGAGAUAAUUUUCUCUUUUUUUAUAAAUAAAAAUUGGGUCAUUCAUUGUCAAA